UUCAGCAAACAAGAGACACUGUGUCUCGAAGGAUAUUUGAAGCAUUAACUCAUCUUGACACGUAGAGUCGGACCUGUAAAUAUUUAAUUUUAUUAGAUUUUUGAAUCUAUUGUAUUAGCUGGACAAGAAGAAAUGGAUUGUAAGACUCGUGGCCGAAAUGUUUUGUGUUUGUUUGAUGUGGACGGAACGCUGACGAAACCCAGAGAGAAAAUCAGCCCUCAGUUGGAUGAAUUUUUCCAGGUGUUGCGACAGCAGGUGAAGAUUGGAGUGGUGGGCGGGUCAGAUUAUUCCAAAAUUGCAGAACAGCUCGGAGACGGAGAUGAAGUCAUACACAAGUUUGACUACAUCUUUGCUGAAAAUGGGACCGUGCAAUAUAAAGAUGGCAAGCUGCUCUCCAAACAGGCCAUUCAGAAUGAGUUGGGGGAGGAAUUAUUGCAGGACCUCAUAAACUUCUGUCUCGGAUACAUGGGGCUUCUCAAACUACCCAAGAAACGAGGGACGUUCAUUGAGUUUCGUAACGGGAUGCUCAACAUCUCACCCAUCGGACGAAGCUGCACGCUAGAAGAACGAAUGGAGUUCUCUGAAAUUGACAAGAGAGAGAAGAUACGAGAGAAGUUUGUUGCAGCUCUACAGGAGGAGUUUGCAGGAAAAGGACUGCGCUUUACCAGAGGAGGUUUGAUCAGCUUUGACGUGUUUCCGGAGGGUUGGGAUAAACGUCUCUGCCUGGACGUCCUGGAGCAGGAAGGUUUAGACACCAUCUACUUCUUUGGCAACGAAACCUCGCUGGGUGGAAAUGACUAUGAGAUAUUUGAAGACCCGCGUACGAUCGGCUUCACCGUUUGUUCUCCUGAAGACACGGCGCGACUCUGCAGAGAGAUGUUCUUCAAUGCUCCGGCCAAUGAGGCAUGACGACGCCCGCUUCCACCCGCGCGAACACACUAGCGGCGCUCGUCUGCAGCUCGCCCUCUGCUGGCCACGGAGGGAACUGCAGUCCGCUGCACUAACGACAGACCUGUCAAACUACUGAAGAGGGACUGUAUGUACAUGUGUCUGACAAACUCGCCCUAAACUGUCUGUCUACAGAUAUUUCCAGAGAAUGUGAUUUAGAAAGUGUUCGAAGUUAGGCGGCAAUUGUGGCAUUUUUGCUGUUUAUUGUCCAAAACCCCUUGUGCAAUGAAAGAGGAGUUUUUCUAAUAACUUCCGCAGUUUUGUUCAUUUUUCUUCUUAUAAUGUAUGAACCUAAAAGUUAUAAUGCCUUUUAUAGUUAUGAAUGUAGCUAGAUAUUAGCAUUAGCAUUCAAACUGCACGUCUGGAGUUUUUAAACAUCUUUUGCCCCAAACAUGUAUAAAAUACUCGAUUAUAUUAUGUGGCAAAAACAGGAAGCGCGAUUUUAUAAAGACGACACUUUAAUAAUUGGCUUUUUAUACCGUCAAUGUACUAAAUCCCCCCAAAAUUAUAGGAAUAUUAUCAUUAAAAUAUUUACUUCGUAUUAUUUGAUUUAAUUAAUUUGAAUACAUGUAUUUGUGCCCAUUAACAAUGAUAAUUACUGUUUACGAUUGUAUUGCAUUAAUGUAUCAAUCUAAAGAACGAUAUAUUCAUUUAUAGAGCGAUUGUCACUCAUGAUGUUUUACAGCAGCUUUACAGAGAAUAUUAUAAAUAUAAUAUAACAAGUGUUGAAAACGUCAAAGCUCAAAGGACGAAUAGAUAUGAACACUUAGAAAUAUAUUUAAAUAUAUAAAUGAUAAUUUCACAAAUAUUUGCAGAUUUGUUUUUAUUUGUUAAAAAUGAGAGCUGUCAAUGGAAUAAUCAGCGUAAAUCUUUUUUUUACUAAAUGCAAUUUUAUGACGUGUUAGUUUGUCUGACUAUAUCUUAAAGUAUACUUUACGAUCAUCAGUAAAUACUUAGUGCGUAAUGUAAAGUGACGUUCACACCGACAACGUUUUGCAGCCAAAAAGUGACGUUUUAGUGAGAACUGGCGAUUUGAGCGAUCACUGCUGGUUACGACAAAAACUAGGGAGAAAGUUUAGAUUUAGGAAAAUCUAAAACUGAUUUGCCGAGAAAAGAGAUUGUAUUUAGUGCUUGUCACUUUGUGUAAGAGUGUGUGUUUAGAUGUGAUAUUCACCUGUCAAUCAUUCCAGAAAGAUUCCUCUGAAUCAACGAGACGCUCCACUGGAUCGGAAAGAUUCGCUGGGCGUUCAGUAUCGACUCCUGACUCAUGGAUCAAAGAGUUUCUAAUCGGUUCUGUGUGAUUCUAAAUGGAAUGUUCAUGUAUCAGUAUGUUCAUGUAUCAGUAUUCCAUGUCUGAUGUCAUAAAUGCACUUUAACUCUGAUUCAUAUCAUUGACACUAAAUGAACCAGCGCAGGAGUGACUCCAUGAGGAAUCUGUGAUAUCAGUUCCCGCAAGCAUACACAACUCAUUUGUCAUGGCUCCUUUAUCACUGAAAGGAUAUUUUUCUGUUACACUUUAGUAAAUGAUGAAAGGUUUUUACACUCCUGACUCUGGGAAGAAAUAUGGAAACAAAUGUAAGUUUGCAGUAUGAGUGUGAUUGUUAACAUGCCUUGUGAUUCAUGACGUGUCUGUUUGUUUUUAAUGUUUUUUAGUAAACUGUA